CUUAGUACGAUGGAAAACUAAAAUAAGGACAAAUCAAUACUAUAGCUGUGGUCAAUUGAAGUACAGUUACACAAAUCAAACUGAAAGACAGUAUAGUGAGUAUCAAUCAUUGUGUUUGAAGAUCUGCAAUGGCUGAGUCACAGGCACCCCAUAUAGCCAUUAUUGGAGCUGGCAUUUUUGUUAAGACUCAAUAUAUACCAAGAUUAGCUGAAAUUCCUAAUCUCUUUGUACUUAGUGCCAUUUGGAGUCGCAGUGAGGAAUCUGCCAGAAGUGCUGUUGAAGUAGCACAAAAGCAUUUCCCAAAUGUGGUGUGUAAGUGGGGAGAUGCUGGGCUCGAGGAGAUCAUUAAAGAUAGUUCCAUUACAGGUGUUGCUGUGGUUCUUGCUGGGCAAGCCAUGGUGGAUAUGUCAUUGAGGCUGCUCAAGGCAGGGAAGCAUGUCCUUCAAGAGAAACCAGCUGCCGAAACUGUGGAAGAGGCAGAAAAAGCAUUGGCUCACUAUAGUUCUCUUAGCGCCACAUUAACUCACCAACCAAUUUGGGCAGUUGCAGAAAAUUAUCGCUUCGAACCUGCCAUCAUUGAGAGCAAGAAGCUAAUUUCUGAAAUUGGAGAGAUGAUCAAUAUCCAAGUAAUCAUUGAAGGAUCAAUGAACAGCUCAAAUCCUUACUUCGCCAGUUCCUGGAGACGCCAGUUUGUUGGCGGUUUCAUUCUAGACAUGGGCGUACAUUUUGUAGCUGGACUAAGGAUGCUUGUUGGAUGUGAGAUUUCAUCAUUGUCAUCCAUGAAUUCUCAUGUGGAUAAGACUUUGCCUCCUCCAGAUAACAUCUCGUCGAUCUUUCAACUGGAGAAUGGGUGUUCAGGAGUUUUUGUGAUGGUGGUGAAUUCGAAGUCACCAAAGAUAAUGUGGCGAGUUGUGGGUUUGAACGGAGUGCUGCAAGUUGAGCGUGGUAUCAAGGAUGGACAGCAUGGGUACUCGGUUUCCCUAAAUAUGGCUGACGGUCAAAGCAAGAGCUUCUUUUAUCAGUUUAGCGGGGUCACUGAUGAACUGAAAACAUUUUUAUCAGAUGUAUCGACGGCCAACCUGAAGAAGGACCAAAGUUCCCACAUCGAUCCUCGUCUCUCAUUUGCUGAAAGUGCUCGUGAUGUUGCUGUUUUGGAAGCGAUGCUCGAAUCAGGGAAGCGACAAGGAGCUCUGGUCCAAGUAAAAAAGUUCUAGCUUUGUGCAGACCUUACCAUAGCUCGGAUACUCCACUUUCUUCUGUGAGCUACAUCUUGGUUGGUUUCAUCGUCUCGUUGUCUAUAAACUCGACAAUUUCUUGGUCAGAGCCAUUGUAGUAUUUCUGAUCCUAUUAUGAAAGUUGGAAAACAUGUUCAUUAAGAAACUUUAGUGUGGUUUUAUAAGGAAGACUAUGUAAACAGAUGUACAAUUUGGGAUGGAGUUUUAGUGCACCUAAACUUAAUUGGAGUUGAAUAAAAGUGAUGAAAAAGUACAUGUUGCAA